AAGGAGGAAGGGCGCGCGCAUGCUCGUGCACGAAGCGGAAUGAAUACUAAUGUGGAAGAUGGCGGCGGAGGGAGGUGGGAAGGAGGCGAACGAAAUCAAAACUCAGUUCAGCACACGGGAGGGCGUCUAUAAACUCCUGCCGAACUCCGAGUACAGCCGGCCGAACCGCGUGCCCUUCAACUCGCAGGGCUCGAACCCGGUGAAAGUCUCGUUCGUGAACGUGAACGACCAGUCCGGUACAGGAGAGAGAAUCUGUUUCAAUGUGGGCCGGGAGCUUUACUUUUACAUUUAUAAAGGCGUCAGGAAGGCCACUGACUUGAGCAAACCCGUGGACAAGCGGAUAUAUAAGGGAACGCUUCCCAUGUGUCACGACUCCAAUGCUCUGACAGCCACGGCGGAGAGCGUCUCGCUGCUGGUGGGAUUUUCUGCAGGGCAAAUACAGCUCAUUGACCCCAUCAAAAAGGAAACCAGCAAACUUUUUAAUGAAGACAGACUAAUUGACAAGUCGGCAGUGACGUGUUUAAAGUGGGUGCCGGGUUCAGAGCACCUGUUCCUGGUGGCUCACAGCAGCGGAUGUUUGUACCUGUACAAUGUGGAGCACACCUGCGGAACGACUCCGCCACAUUACCAGCUCCUGAAGCAGGGCGAGAGCUACGCCAUUCACACCGGCAAGAGCAAAUCGGCCCGCAAUCCUCUCCUCCGCUGGACGGUGGGCGAAGGCGCAGUUAACGAAUUCGCUUUUUCGCCUGACGGAAAGUUUCUGGCCUGCGUCAGUCAGGAUGGAUUCCUUCGCGUCUUCAGCUUUGACGCGACGGAGCUGCGAGGCACAAUGAAAAGCUACUUCGGUGGGCUCCUGUGUGUUUGCUGGAGCCCCGACGGACAGUUCAUCGUUACCGGCGGGGAAGACGAUCUCGUCACGGUCUGGUCGUUUUCGGACGCCAGGGUCGUCGCUCGCGGACGAGGGCACAAAUCGUGGGUGAGCGUCGUUGCAUUCGACCAUUGCAUCACUAGCACUCAGGAUUGCAAAGCGCUGGCGGAGUUUAGCGGAAGCGACGAAGACUUCCAUGACAACUCGCAAUUCAACGGAAAUCGCGAACGGGCGAAUAGCGCGCAAUCUGGACUAUCCAAACAAAACUCUACGAACGGUAGCGUGACGUACCGGUUUGGCUCCGUUGGUCAGGACACUCAGCUAUGCUUAUGGGACCUUACAGAAGACGUUCUGUUUCCGUUAUCCAGAACGAGGACUCAAACGAACGCAAUGAGCGCGGAAACAGGCGCUAAUGGAAACAGUAGCGCAAACUCUUCGUUACCGCGCUCGAAUAGUUUGCAACACUCGGCAGGCAGCAGCCCGAACAGCAACAAACCAGCCAGCAUCGUAGACAGUGCUUUGAUCGCGACAGGCGUCAGCAAAUUCGCGACGUUAGCUUUGCACGAGGUGCGUAAGGAGCGGAAUCAGGAAAAGGAGCACAAACGCAAUCACAGCAUAAGCUACAUCAGCAACAAGAGCAGCGACAAGCUCAACCAGAUCAUCGGUGCGCGAGCGGCUAAAACGGACGCCGCGAGGAUGCUGGAAAUGACUUCGUGUCCGCGCAUGGAGGAAAUCCCGCUUCUGGAGCCGCUGGUUUGUAAGAAAAUCGCCCAGGAGAGACUCACGGUGUUGGUUUUCCUCGAGGACUGUUUGGUCACUGCCUGCCAGGAGGGAUUCGUUUGCACGUGGGCACGGCCCGGAAAAGUGGGUCUGUUGUCGUCCCAGAACCAAGACAGCUCUCCCAGCGGGACGGUCGUAUAGCUGCUCAAACUGGAGCUUCAGACGCAUUACAUCACGUUUGCUGAGGAACACGCUUUUAUUAUUCACGCCGAAGCCUGUCAAGAUCAUAUUUCACCCUUAAAUAUUUCGCAUAAACAAAAUGAAGCCUUUUUUUUUUAGAUGUUAUGCAUUAUUUUCAUGACGAUUAAACACAUUUUCAGCCUAAUUCUUGUUACUGUGAUGCAAUAUAUUGUGAAGUACGACGGUAAGUACCAUAAUAGUAUUUAAUGUAUGCGGAGUUUAAUUAAAAGCAAAAUAAUUCUGUCCAAACAGGAUGGUUUUCGAUACUGUAUGACAGUGUUUUUCACAUAAGCUACUCAGAAUUGGGGAAAAGUGUGUAAUUGUCAUGAAAAUAAUGAUUAGGGGUUAAAUAUGACGUUCUCGGCAGGUUUUAAGAGUAAGUCAGUAAUUAGUUUUCGUUGUGUUUUAUAACUACCAUAUAGUUCACAGAAUCGCAGUCCUUUCCUUCCACUUUCAUGCCGAUCCUCCGUUUGUCCUCGCUGUAUUUCUGAGCUCAGUACAAACCGACUGUGUUUCACGCUGAUUGUUGAAACUGUGUUUUUCUCAUAAUUGCAUUGGAACAAAAGCUGACGCGUUUCGGCUCCGUCAGCGCUGGAUGCUGCAAUCAUACUUCUGUUCACGAGUGGAAAAUCAUUUGCACUGAAUAAUUAGAAGUAAAAUGGCUUUACAAAUGUUUGGAGUCGUAAAGGACUCCCUAGAAAUGCUGUCAAAGCAUAAAGAGAACUUGUGAGCAUUUAUUUUAAUAUUGUUUCGAAUGAAACGGGUUAUUGUACGAUGUGUAAAUAUUGUAAAUUACGGAUUUAUGAGGGAGUGAAAUAAUAAUUACACAAAUAGAAAACAGUUGUAUUUCUAAUACAGAGGCAUUUAUAUAUAUAUAAAAUUAAAGUGAUCUUAAAUAAGCAUAUUUUUGGCUUGUGUUUCAUUAUCAGAUGGUUUUUGUGAGUAUGGUUUGGAUAUAAUUAUUAAUUUAACCCUUGUGCUGUGCAGAUAAUUCAUCCUUUAGCUAAUUUGGUGUUAGAAAUUGUUUGUUAAUCUCUUGUUAUGCUAUAUUAUCAGUAAAUCUUCGAUUCAAUGCUUUUAUCAACUUGUUUUUAAUAUGAAUAUUAAUAAUGAGAUUUAAGACAAAUUAUAAAUUAAUUAAAUAAAUGCUUUUAUUUCUCAUACAAAAUGCUGCGCAUUUCUUUGUGAAGUUGAGAUAUGUCAAAUAACAAAAUAAUCAAAUAACACAAAUGAAGGCUCUUUUGAUUUAAAUUAAAGGCAUCCGCUGCAUUUUAAUCACGAUCCAAAUAAAGAUUCCACAUGCAUGCAGCGUGAGCCGUUUUUAAUCUAAAUUAUAUUGCAUGAUUUUAAAGAUGUGACGCAAAGACAAUGCUCUGAUUAUAGCUUUGUGAAAUUAUGCUGCAUAAAACA